UUUUACCUAAAUAUUAAAGAACAUGUCAAAAACAUUUUUAUAUUUUGCUUAUGGUAGCAAUAUGCUAACAAAACGUAUUCACAUCAAUAAUCCUACUGCAGUUAAAAAAUAUGUUGGUACAUUGAAGGAUUAUCGACUUGAUUUUAUUACAUUCUCAAAAAGAUGGCAAGGCUGUGCUGCUACCAUUGUUCCUUGCCCAGCCUUUGAGGUUUGGGGUAUUGUAUGGGAAAUUAAUAUAAGUAAUAUGCCCGACCUAGAUAAGCAAGAAGGAGUACACAUGAAUCUUUAUUUUGCAAAGAAUGUAAUUAUUAACACUACUAUAGGAGAAAAUAUUGAAUGUCGAGUGUAUCAGCAAUUAUGUUUACCAGAGGAGUACCUUAAACCAAUUUUUUUGCCACCUGAAAGACAGCCUUCAUUUAUUUAUUUAAAUACAUUAAUAAGAGGGGCCAAAGAACAUAAGAUUAACAAAGAUUAUAUAAAAUACCUCGAAUCUUUCCAUCACAAUGGAUAUAAUGGAGAAAUUGAAAUACAAGGGAUCUUUGACUAAACAUUUAUAUGACCUAUACUAUUGAAUCCUCAUCAUCAAAUUCUUAUAAUUUAUGCAUGGAGCUUAUAUGUUUA